AUGAUGAAAAAAUCCAAUUCAGAAACAUUUAAUAAACGUCAACAGAACAUGGAUCAAAGUUUUGAGUUGGAUACGCUUUCAAAUGAUGUCGAAAAAAGUAUUGUGAGUUCGCUGAUAGGCGUACCAGAACUAAAAGCAUACGUAACAACUUUGAAAAAACACAAACAACAAAUAUCAGUUAUGGUUGAAAAUAUUAUUAAAACAGUUAACACUUCUCAAGAAAAAAAACUGACAGACGUAUUUGUGUGGGAAAAAACAUCAGGGAAACCAUCAAAAAUAGAAUAUGGAGUUCCACUUAUCGUUGAACCAAAAACAAUUCAUGAUGUUGACCAUACAAUAAAUGAUGUAUUUAGAGAUUAUUUAUGUCGGGAACUCCCUGGAAAUAAAAAACAAUUAUUUAAUUCACUAGAGCUCAGAGAACAUUUAUCGUUAAUUGAAGAUAUCCGGUGUGCGGAAAAAGACUUAAUGGAAGUGCAAGAACGUCUUUUAAGAGUUGACAACAAAGAUGAUUGGAUUGAACUGAAGCCCUGGAACGUCAAAAAUUACACACUUCUUUGUCCACGGAUGUUUGCCUUCAAUGCGGAAAAAAAAAAAGAAAGUGUUUCAAGUAAAAAAAUUGUUAAAAAAAACGUUUAUGGUAUAUACAGUGAGAUGAGACGACUCAGAUUGGGCUUAAAUAAAGAACGACGCAUGUUGAGUUUGCCACAUUGUGUAACCAAAAUCAAACGAACAUUACCUAUUUUAGAUAAAACCAUGAAUAAUGGAUUGUCUGUAAAUACCAAUAUUGUGAGGUUUAAUCGCUUCAUAUCUGGUGGAAUUUACAAAAAAACGGUUAUCAUAAGAAAUUCUGGAAAAAGACUGAUAGCUUUCAAAUUAUUAACAAGCAAUUUAUCAUGGUUUGAAUACGAUUAUAAGCCUAUAUGUCCGCUUGCUCCCGGUAUGAACGCUAAACUUACUGUAACAUUUAAAUGUAUGUCGAUGGAAGAUAAAUUUGAACUGAUAGCAUUAAUGACAGAUGAGAAUAAAAAAAUUAAUAUUCUUAUUGGUGCAGAAAACGAGUCACCAAUACUGAACUAUACUCUAGAAUGUUAUGAUGACAUGAAAACUACUGACUGUAAAAAAUUAGCCCUACGAAAUCCAUCAAGUGCUUGCUUGUUUGAGUGCAAUGCUUGCCUAGUGGGUGCUCGUAAAACCGUGAUUGUCAAAAUAAAAAAUGUUGGACGAUCAUCAAAAUUUAUUUUGGUUCCUGAAAACGUAUGGUAUACAAAAUCAGUAGAAGAUGUAGAAUGGAAGGAAACAAUAAGCUUAGGUGCAUUUACAAUCACACCGUCAAUAUUCGAGAUUAAUUUUGAACAGACAAUGGAACUUACUGUUUUAUUUGAGCCACGUUUGCCAUCAUUUUACUGCACCAGAUUUAUAAUCGUGUCGGACAAUUCGUGCGCACAAGAAGUGAACGUGUUUGGCGAUGGUCAAAUGUUUGGGGCUCGGAGCGUUCGACUGUCGGGACCUGGUUUGCUGAGCACUCAGGCAGAGGCAGAAAGUUACGUGCUCGACAUGGGAAAAAUUGGCGAGGUGGUCCGGUACGUGUACGCGAAAAACAUGAGUCGUAUCAAAUAUCCGUAUCGCUGGAUCAUUAAUCAUGCAAUCGACAAUCCAGGUUCAAAAAAUGCCAAAGUAAAUUUCAACAUUCAUCCGUCAACUGGGUUAUUAGACAAGUUCUCGAAAACGAUGUUUCGAGUGGAAUGUGGCGUUUCUAACGAGAUAGUCAAUGAACAACUUACGGGCAAGUAUCGUGUAACUGCUACCAUGAUGAUUGAUGAUAUCCCCAAAGAAAGUAUCGACGAUCAAAAUAUAUAUUACGAAGAACAAGAGGACAACCCAGAGUCACUGUCGAUAGAAGCAGCUCAAAUCGAAGUUAUAUCCGAGUAUAAUGGGAAAGAACGUAUAUCAUUAUACACAGACCGCAUAAUUAUAGACUUGAAUUGGCACCAACUAAGAACCGAUCUGUGCGUAAAAGAAACAGUGGACUUUAUAAACAACGGAUCGUAUCCCGUGCACGUUUCGUGGAUUCCCAGCGCCGAUAACGCUAGCGCAUCCAUAGAAGUGGAACCCAAGUCGUUUGAAGUUACAGAUCGGGCCAAAAUCAGCGUACAUGUCGAACCCUUAUGUCCGGGUCCGUUCCGGCAGAUGUUAAGGUUUGUGACCAAAAAUCGGGACUGCGACACCGACGAAACAAUAGUUUACGUACGCGGAAAGGUCGAACAGACUCCUAACGUGCGCGUUCGGCCGGCAAUAGCACCGUUUGACAACAUCUGCGCCGGUACACUAGAGUCGUACGAUGUCGAAUUUAAUGUGAUAUCUGAUGGCCCAUUUACCGUACAAAGGUAUCUAUAUGAAUUCGACACCGUCGGUAAGCUUACUUUGCACGGUGAUGUCAAGUUGUUUGGCCCGUACGGAAACGAAAAUACGACGUAUACUACGUUAAACUUUAAAACACCAGUUGAAAUCGAAGCGACUGGGAUCUCGUGUCAAUUAGCCAAAUGGUCGUUCACCGGUUCAAAGACGGUGCAUACUCAGUCCGUUACUUACGCGACAUUCCCAGAUGUACGUUUGAAUGUUAACACCAUUACCAUUGCAGAGUCUCUUUACAAGGGAAUACCUCACACCCACAAAGGAAUUCAGUUACUCAAUAAUGCACAUUAUGAUUUCGUCUACUCUUGGGGCAACCCUAUGGGAUCGGAUUCGGAUAAAAUAGAUUGCAUGUUUAAGCCAAGCAGUGGGACUAUUAAUGGUAAUGCGAAUGUUGAAUUUGAAUUUAUUAUAACUCCGAAAAAAAGUGGCUAUUUAAACAAAUGCCAUAUACCGUUUUUUGUACAGUGCAAUGUACUUGCACCACAAAAGAUAAGUCUCGAAUGUCGGAUAAAUGAAUUCAGCGCUACAGUGACAUAUAUCGACGUAUAUGGUGCACAAUAUAGCAUAACGUGGAAAGACAAUAAAAAACGAUGGAUAAUCAAUACAGAACAAAAUGAAAUUAAUUUAUUAGAAUCCAAAAGUAAUCAAACUUCAAUAACUCAGUAUUUAAAUAAUUCAGAGACGGAAAAUGUAGAAGAAUAUGAAAUUGAGCCGGAAGACCAGAAACCGACCAAAUGGCGUUUUGGAGAAUGGCCGAGACGUGACACACCAUUGUGCUCACCGUUGGCCGUACAAUUUCAACAAGAACUAAACUACUACCAUCCCGUUAUGGCGUUUAAAGACAUUAAAUGCAAUACAGCUAUGGAACAGAGUAUAACUAUUCGAAAGACUACAAAGAUCCCUUGUAAAAUUGAAACAAAAGUUAGAUAUCAUGACUAUCCUACAUCGGACAAAAUAGGAAAUACCUACCAAGAUAGCAUUGAAAAUGCAACGAAAAAAUGUUGUACGAUAUGGAUAGAAAGAGAUGAUAAAAUUGGGUACAGGCAGGAUGAAUUCAAAAUAUCCGUAUGGGUGUUGGCCACGACUUGGGGUCGAUAUGAAGACGUGGUGACUAUUGAAUUACACGUAGGACUCGAUAUUCUGCCGGCCAUCCAUAUACCACUCAUCAUCAAUGCCAUUACGUUCCCUAUAGAAUUCCCUUUAGCUAAAGACGUUCACAAUCCAACCAUCAAGUUUAGCCUUUACUCAAUGGAAUCAGAAAAUCGAUUACAAAUAUUAAAUAAUAGUGAAAUUUCGAUCAAAAUAUCUUGGCGCAUGUAUAAUAAAAGUAAAGAAAAUAAACCAUUUGGAGUAUUAAUUGACACAUUAACUCCAGACCAUCCAGAUCAUUGGUCUUUCAGAAUCACUGAUUAUGAUGGCUUAGAGAAUCCUCGAUAUUUUAUUAUUGAUCCUAUUAUAUUAAAAUUAGAACCAAAGACAUUAGGAUAUGUAACAUUUUCCUUGGAUAGGACUAAAGAAAUAUCCUUAAACCGUGAUGAAAAUAAUUUAGUAAAUGGAAAAGCGGUUGGAAUAAUAACUGCGCUUGAACCAGCUGGAAAAUAUUGCAUAAGAAAAGAUGGAUUUAAAAUGAAACCCACUAUUGUUCAGCUUUAUUCGGAAACUAGACAUUCGAUACAACCAAACUUAGUCAUACGAGAGUUGGAUAAUAUUUUCCACGUGUCGGCAUCGCAAAUGUAUAACUCUCGAUCACAAUAUUAUACGGAAACUCGAUUAUUUACCAUGUGUAAUCAUUUACGAUAUCCUGCAAACAUUUCGUUUGAAAUCAGUAGUCCGUUUAUUAUAAAAAGUUUGAAAUCAUUGAGAUGUGGUAAUCGAUCCGGAAAAACUAAUAUUUAUUUGUUUCAUCAGGAUUUGGUCGAAAUCGAACUCCAAGCUACUAUAGAUAUUCAACAAGUUUAUGUACCGAAAAUGCCCACAAAACUAUUACCCAGAAAAAUUGAAAGAAUAGGAUACUUAAGCGCUGUUUAUGAAAAUAGUUAUUUUAAACCUAAAGUGGUUGCUACAUUCAAAAUUUACAUAUACUUUCCGGUACUAAAACUGUCAACGAACUACAUAAAUUUUGGUCAAGUGGUCGUAGAGGAAACUAAAAGCAUAAACGUGAUGUUAUCUUCUUAUUCAGGUGCUGAACGUUUUAUUACAAAAUCCGUUGACACAGUAUUCACAGUAUCGCCAUCAGAGGGUGUCGUAUCAAAUAGGCCAAUCCCACUCAUAAUCUCGUUUAAACCCAAAGCUCAUGAGCAGUACUUGAAAAAGAUUGAAAUUUUGACAACAAUACCCAUGGAUGUAAUUUUUCUUGAAGUAUCUGGAUUAGGGAUAAAAUAA